GUGACAGACAUUGGAAUUCGAGCCAGGGUGAUAUGCCCUACAAGCAAGACUUGGUAGCUCCACGAACCACAAAGCAACAAGAGAGAGUGUAUCUGUUGGUGGGCUCUUUCUUGCAAAGUGUGAUUGCAGAAAUGACCAACGGCCUAUUCAUCAUCUUGCGAGACAUCCAGACCUCCGAAACUGUUUCAAAGCGGCGCCGGGGACGAGUGGAUGUUGUCAAGUGUUGUUCUUGUAGCGCAAGAAUAAAACGUUAUGGAGAGGGGGAGCAGGGAGACGAGAGGAACGAUGAAAGCGCGACAGGCAGGUCGGCGAACGAUUGAAAGGAAUGUCAAAGACACCCGACGGGCAUGUCAGAGGCGAGCGAAGGACGAGAGCAAGUCACUGAACACAUAAGUUGUGAUAGAGAUGCGAAGGUGUCAAGAAGAAGUGGUGUGCAAUCAACAAUGAAUUUUGAAUUGCUGCUGCAGCAAAUAAUCUAAGCCAUAAACCCAGAUCCCUCGAAGCAACUGCCUCGCCAUCA